UUUUUUUUGACAGCAGAGGGAUGAAAUCGAACAAACCCACGCUGCAAACACUUCCUGUCGAUUCAGUCCAAACUUCAUUGAGAGUCGGUGUGUGUCUCUGCGGGCGGUUCAGGCAGUUCAGUGCGCUCUGAUGUCAUCAGGCGGCCACAGCUGGAGCGCCUCUAUAGCGCCAGUGCGCGUGAAAAACGCAUCCUGUGCGGGAACAAACACGCAUCCUACUGCUUUUACCGCGUCGGAGAGUUUCUCUAAGGCUUUUUUUAUUUAAACGAACUAACGACAGCACGAGGAGAUGGAUGUCAGCGUGAUGCAGAUUUUUAAAGAGGAUCAGUGCACAUCUGGUGUUGAGGAGUGUUUGGUGAACUUGGACUCGCUUUCGGAAGCGCCUCUGAACUCCUCAGGGAAUGAGAGCUGGCCGAGUGAGGUCGAGACCCUGUCCCCCAUCGUGCCUGUCAUCACAGCUGUCUACUCCGUGGUGUUCGUCGUCGGCCUGGUGGGAAACUGCCUGGUGAUGUAUGUCAUUAUAAGAUACACUAAGAUGAAAACAGCCACCAAUAUCUACAUCUUCAACCUGGCAGUUGCUGACGCCCUUGUGACCACCACCAUGCCCUUUCAGAGCACAGACUACCUGCUCAACUCAUGGCCCUUUGGAGAGGUGGUCUGCAAGGUCUUCAUCUCCAUUGACUACUACAACAUGUUCACCAGCAUCUUCACUCUCACCAUGAUGAGCGUUGACCGCUACGUGGCCGUGUGUCACCCAGUCAAGGCCCUGGAUUUCCGCACACCCGUCAAGGCCAAGAUCAUUAACAUCCUCAUCUGGGUUUUGUCCUCGGCUGUUGGCAUCCCGGCUAUGGUCCUUGGAAGUACGCAGACCAACAAUGGCACUACAGAGUGUGCUCUGCAGUUCCCUGAUCCCUAUGUCUACUGGGACACACUGAUGAAGAUCUGUGUAUUUGUCUUUGCUUUCGUGGCACCUCUACUCAUCAUUAGUGUGUGUUACACACUGAUGGUGUUGCGAUUGAAGAGUGUUCGUCUGCUAUCAGGCUCACGUGAGAAGGACCGUAAUCUGCGGCGUAUCACGCGUCUCGUUCUAGUGGUGGUGGCUGUGUUCGUCGUGUGCUGGACGCCCAUUCAUAUCUUCAUCCUGGUGAAGGCUCUGGCGCCUGACGUGCCUGAGACCACAGCCGUCAUGGGCGCCUACUUCUUCUGCGUGGCACUCGGCUACACUAACAGCAGCCUCAACCCCAUUCUCUAUGCCUUUCUGGAUGAGAACUUCAAGCGCUGCUUCCGCGAUUUCUGCUGCCUGACUCGAAGCAAGGCAGACAAUGUGGGAGUGACACGGGUCAGGAGCACCCUCCGCGAGCACACAUGCCAGGCAGAGGGCAGAGGUGAGGAAGGCCAUGGCAGAUCAGUAUGACUAGCUGUGGAGCUCUCCUCCUUCCAAGGCCUGGAAAUCUCCAGUGACCUGGGAUUGACACAGAUCACCACCACCUUCUGAGGAGAAGACAGAUGAAGAUGGGCCUUUUAGGUGCGAGAGCUGUAUCCUUAGGGAGUUCAUAUAAGGAAUUGUUCCAUAAUAUAGUGUAUAAAAUCAGCGUUUCAUUCUACUUAUGGUUAGCCAUGUUCAUUUUCCUAGAUUCACUUCAGUAGUCUUAUUAAUAAAUACUAAAAGCUUAUCUCAACAGUUUAACUAAACAUAGUCUUAUUACCCAGAACGUCUGAAGGGUUCAGAAGAGCUUUAGAUUCUGAUGGAGUUUCUGGUAAGGUGCUGGUGCUGUUAAGGGAUAAAACAGACACCAGUUCCAGUGAUUAGCCAAAUCAGCUGAUUUGCCUGCAAUGUAACUUUUUGAAACUUCUACACCAUGUACAUAUUCUGAAGAGGCUUUAAUUCUCCCUGUUCAUGAACUCGGCUGAAACAGAGGCCAAAGACACCGUCUGAUAAAUUACGAAUGACAGUUGUAGGUGAUGCUCCAUAUCUGAGCAUUAUGCAGUUGAAUUCUCCAUUUACGUGAAUUAUGAAAGAAAAUGGAGCUUGAUGCAAAGGGAGUUGGAUGCAAUGGGUUUUACUUCAUAUGUGGGAAUGAAAAAAGAACUAUGUGGACAUAUGAAUGGGGAUAACUUUUUUGAAGACUGUGAAUUAAUCAUUUUAUACAAACAUGGCAUAAUUUCCCCAGUGAAACAUCAGUGUCUGAUUUUAUUUUUGGAAUUGUCUUCAGCAACAUUUAUCUUUGUCUGCAGGAAAAUAACUGUUAUAUAUAUACUAGACAUUAAGAACUGCUGGUUUUCACUGCAUUUUGUAAAUGAUCAUGUGUAAAAAAAAAAGAAAGUACUUGCUUCUUAGGGAUUUAUGCUAAAAAAUCAGAAUCAAAUUUGAUAUUUAGUCAUAGCUAAAAAUAUUUGAUAUCAAAAGAGGUAUCAAGAAAAUAAUUCAUAUACCUCUUGCUGCAAAUCUUAGAUGUAAUUUUUUGGACAGAGGGCUAUACAAAAACUAAAAAACUUGAAUCUGUUGUUAAGUUGUUUGUGUUAGAUUCCAUUUGGUGUCUUACUCGAAAGAGUAAGAAAAUAUUCACAUAGAUCUUGGUGACAUUUGAACAGAAUAUCAUUGUCAGUAAAGUUGUGAUUUCAUCUAAACAUAUUAAAUAAUCAUGUGAUAAAUUAUGCUAUGGUACUUUUCGAUAUUGUCUAAAGCAGCACACUGUAAUUCAUUAGGGAAAGGAGGUCUUUUCAAAUAUUUCCAUGUUUAUGUGUUUGGUCAUCUUUGGUCAUGCAGUAUUGUAUAUUAAUGUAAGUGUUGACUAUGUAAAUGGGCUUGCCUAUAAAUAAUGAUUAGUGACAACAUCUGUGGCUCUGCAAAACAACAUGAUCUUAAGGUACUCAUAAAGUAUGUUCUCAUUACAGCAUAGUGCAUUUUAUUUUCCAAAACACUUUCGGGAGAGAGGAGUUUGGAUUAUAUUUAAAAAAAAAAUAAUUGUCUUGUCACCUUUUUUUUGGAGCAGUACCUUUUCCAUUGUACUUAUUGUAAUGUGGUUGUACAGUAUGAGAUAUUGCAUUAUUACUUACUUGCUGUUUUGUUUGUUUAUUGCUUUUGAUUGAUGCACUUUCUUCACUUUCUAAAAAGUAAAUACAGUAACCAACUAUUUGAUGAUAGGGAGCAAUGUCUGGGGCCAGCACGGUGGUGCAGGGGCCACCUCACAGCUCUAGGGUCCCCAGUUUGAUCCUGAACUUGAGUUUUGCCUGCUGUCCCCAUGUCUGUGUAGUUUUCUUUCAGAUUCCCUGGUUACCUCCCACCUGCCAAAAACAUUAUGGUAGAUGAUUUGGUCACGCCAAAUUGCACCUAGGUGUGAUUGUGUGAAUGUAUGUGUGUGUGUGUGUGUGUGUGUGUGUGUGUGUGUGUGUGUGCAUGCAUAGUGCCCUGUGAUGGAUUGACAUCACACAGGGUGUUCCCAGCAUUCCCAGGUUUGGCUCACCUUAACCCUGACCAGGAUAAAGUGGUUCCUGAAGAUGAAUGAAUGAGUCUUGUUUGUGCCAGUAGCUACAGUGUUAUGUGGCUUGUAUGUAACUUGUGAAAACUAUUACUAAAUUAAACAGUGUAAUAAAAUAAUAAAAUAA